UGCUUUGCUAGGCGCGGUGAUUCAUUCCCUCCUUUGCCCGGGGGGCCCCCUUCCCGGCCAGACGGCGGGACAGACGGCUGGGUGUGCAGCGACCUCGAACCCGUGAGCCAGAAAGCAGAGCUUCUGCGUCCCAGGGACUCCAGUACACCACCAUGGCGGAUUCUGAGCGUCUCUCGGCCCCCGGCUGCUGGUUAGCCUGCACCAGCUUCUCGCGCACCAAAAAGGGAAUUCUCCUGUUUGCUGAGAUUAUACUGUGCCUGGUGAUCUUGAUUUGCUUCAGUGCAUCUACAACAUCGGCCUACUCCUCCCUGUCGGUGAUUGAGAUGAUCUGUGCUGCUGUCUUACUUGUCUUCUACACGUGUGACCUGCACUCCAAGAUAUCAUUCAUCAACUGGCCUUGGACUGACUUCUUCAGAUCCCUCAUAGCAACCAUCCUGUACCUGAUCACCUCCAUUGUUGUCCUUGUAGAAGGAAGAGGCAGCUCCAGAGUUGUCGCUGGGAUACUGGGCUUACUUGCUACGUUGCUCUUUGGCUACGAUGCAUACAUCACCUUCCCUCUAAAGCAGCAAAGACAUACAGCAGCUCCCACUGACCCCACUGAUGGCCCGUGAUCGUCUUUCAGCUGUCUCUGCUACCUGUCAAUAGCUCCUCCAUCAAAAACUUUCCUCCUGUCGGGCGGUGGUGGUGCUCGCCUUUCCUCCAAGCUCUCAGGAGGCAGAGGCAGGUGGAUCCCUGUGAGUUUGAGGCCAGGGCUACACAGUGAGAUCCUGUCUCUAAAACAAUUCCUUCUCCGGUUUCCACAACACUCCAGCCAAUUCUCUGACCCCAUUGAAAGUGCUUAUGGUACAAGAGAUUGAACCUAGAGCCGUGUGCAUACUAGGCAAGUAUUCUCCACUGAGCUACAUCCCUGUAAAAGUGCCUUUAUUGGGAGUUUUGUCUUCCAGCCUGCCAAUCAACCCAUCUGGGUGUGGCCACCUUUAUGGGUGUGCCUAGAUUCCCCUUUGCUCUGCAGUACCAGCAGCCGACAUCAGUUCUGCUUGAACCAUAUCCCCACAUAAGCUACAAAAUGAGUGACCCACUACAAAUAACCUUUUUCUCUGUGUGGGGUGAGCUGUGAAGGGCUAAAUAAACAAUAAAAAUAAUGUUUAAGUCUAUAA